UUUGUUUCGUUUGUUGUAUCCGGGCUGUGCUGUCGUUUAUUUUUCGAUGCUCGGCAUUGUUUCAUAAAGAACGCUCGACCGGUAUAUGGAGUCUUGGGGAAAAAGUUUCCGCGUGGGCAAAAAGAAGUAGAGUUCAAGUCCAAACUUGUUUCGUCGGUCAAGGCUACGAAGUGCGAUGCUGAUAGCGAGCCAGCGGGUUCGGCCCACGUAUUCAGUGGUCUCCAAGACUUGCUGCUUGACCGUCCUUUGCUGCCAUGCCUUACGUGUUGGUCACCACCCAAAUUCGGCUUGAAAAUGGACCCACUUUUGUUGGAGACGAACAUUCGGAUCCUGAACUGAUGCAGUACUUAGAUGCAAGAAAAGUCACAGAGCCUGGAAAUAAUUUCUCUACUUAUUUGACGGACCUAAAUGUCCGCCAGGUUCUCAAUCAACUUGAGAAACGCUGUUACAGCUUAGUUGGUAUGAGUGGUAUGGGCCAGACAUGUGUGUGGACCAUGUGGAAAUCGCCCACUUCUACCAACGAAGAAGAAUCUGACAAGUAGUCUGCGUACCCAUUACGAGAAGCUUGUGGUGUCUGU